GUUUUAUUCCACGUACACCAGCGUCGCCCCCUCAAAGCGCCUUUUAAUGACUUUAACGAACUUUUACGCAAUCCCGACUCCUGCAUUACGGUCCCGGAAACGUCAAAUCUGAUCAAUAUCAUGUUGCACGCGGUCUACGACAUUUCAUGCUCACCUUUCCAGCCCAGCAUCGAUACGUUAAUGGAUGCUGUCCGCCUUUCUCCGAAAUACGACUUGCAGGUCAAGUACAUCUCAUCAUCAUUGCCGUUGUUUGACGACAUUCGCCACCGGAUGCCGCUAUUAACGUACGUCGUAGCCUCGAGCCAUGAGUUUGAGGACCUUGCGAUUAUCGCAUCGGUCCACUUCCUUGCUUUGGAUAUCUCUACUAUGAGCGACGAGAUGGUCGAAUCCAUAAAUCCCAUAUAUUUAAGGCGCCUCUUUGAUCUUCAGACCAGUCGGGUUAACGCAUUCAAACGCCUUCUAUCUGUUCCUCCAGAAUCACACCUAGCGACACCAGAAUGUGAUUUUGUAGCUCAGAAAUCUCUGACUAGGUCCUGGGCAUUUUACGCUGAUAUGACAGCCGGCACAAUCGAAAGUACGUUCCAAACACUUGAUAGCGACGUUCCGUGCAGGCUGUGA